AUGUUUGGCGGGACCAUGCGCGAUCUGCCGGAGUUUUGUUUCCUCGCCCCGAAGGCGAUGAUGGUGCUUAGGGAACUUCCAGAUGGCCAGCUACACACCUUCAGCUGGGACUUAGGCACUUGUGUGCCUUCGGAAAUCUUGGGGCCGGAUGGAUGGGUCACGCACCACCAUCCAUCCCUACGAUCCUUAAGCCUCACAACUGACCCUUACUGCGAGGAAACUGGAUCCGAAAUAGAUUUGUCGUCGCUGCGGAAGCUUCAAAAUCUCACUUGGAGAGGUCCCCGGGCCAAGGACAUUCCUGCUUUGUCUGACGCCAUCCGGGGAAAUUUGCCUCAGCUGCAGAACGUCGGGUUGGAUCUCGUGGAUUGGCCAGGGAUUCAGCUAGAGCUGACCUGGGAUAUCGAGGAAGAUAUAGACGAAGAAUCCUGGUUCACUCACACUGUUCUUGGGCUGACGAGCGGUCUUCCGACGGUCGCCUUCGAGGCCAUCCGCGACUUGUCUCUCUCGCAAGUUCCCCUUGGUGCCGCGAUGGCACACGCCAUCAACUUCAACACCCUCUCCUCUCUCAGGCUACGAAAGUGCCCGCUGUGGGACGACUUUCUGAAGAGUGCCAUGGAGCUCAAAGUUCCCAUAAAGUUGAAGACACUCGAGCUUCAGUACAACGACGACGUAACACAAAGUGAGCGAGGUGAUGUCGUUGCGGGGGAUUUCCUUGGCGUUUUUGAGGGACUCGAGGAGCUAUUUUUCUGUAAUCCAAAAGCUGAGAUCGCUGUCGAACUAUGGCACCGUGUCGUCCACCAACAGGCGACCCUGAGAAGAUUUGUGCAUCACCAGAGGUUAAUCGGCUCUUCUGGUAUCUCGAAGCAAGACAUGGACUUCCCACCAGAUCCUAGCAUGCUAUGGCCACAAGGCUAUGGCAAGAACCGUGACAUACCCCGGGUGGAAGAGGAUUAUCCCCAAAAUCCACUCGCAAGCCUCAACCUUGAGUUUAUUAGGCUGUCCUGUUACCAGGAGCUACUGGAAAGUUUUGGUCUGCCAUUCAUGAAGAAGGUUUCGUGGAAGAUAUUGCACAUCUGUCAGUCUCACACCGACAUCGUACACGGCGUCACAACGUCGGAUAUAUAUGACUCUACAGAGCACGCCUCGCCCGGGCGGCUGCUGCGGCUGGGGACCCGGAGGUUUGCCCAGUGGAUCUUCGGACCUCAGAGAAUUCAGUCGCUCUAG